GCGGCCCCCAAACCCAUACCGGAGCCGAGCCCUUAACCCCUUUUCCCCCUUCUCCCCCCACUUCCCACUUCUUAACACCCCUUAUCCCCGCUGCGGGGUAGGGUCGGUUAUGACUCCAUCUUCAGGAGGCUAAGGACGUGGGCGACAGGCGAGUGUAUAUAUUGGAUAGUUUAGUCCCUUUCGUUGAGUCCCUUGAUCUUCGCCCCCGCCGCAGCCGAGACCAAAGACGACGUGAGAGAGAGAGACACCAAGCACAACCGAGCCCUUUACCAAAACAAACAAACAACCCCGAAGCCAUGGCUCCUAGCAUGACCCCUGGCCUCCAGGCGUCGAUUGAAAACUCCAAAUGCGAGUAUCGGCGCCUGGGAAACAGUGGCCUCCAGGUCUCGGUCCCCAUCUUCGGUUGCAUGAGCUUCGGUGACCCGAGGAAUAUAGACUGGGCCCUCGGCGAGGAGGAGGCGCUCCCCCUUCUCAAGGCCGCCUACGACAGGGGCCUCAACACCUGGGACACGGCCAACAUGUACUCAAACGGCGCAUCCGAGGUCAUCGUUGGCAAGGCGCUCAAGAAGUACAAGAUCCCCCGUGAGAAGGUCGUCAUCAUGUCCAAGUGCUACUUUGCCGUCGGCGAGGAGCCUGGACUGCGCGCCUUCUUUUUCAAGGAGCAGCUCAGUGCCUCCAAGGACUAUAUCAACAACUUUGGCCUGUCUCGCGCUGCCAUCUUCAACCAAGUCGAGGCGUCCCUCAAGCGCCUUGACACCCCUUACAUCGACCUUCUCCAGAUCCACCGCUUCGACCCGAAUACGCCCAUUGAGGAGACCAUGAAGGCACUCCACGACCUCGUCCAGUCGGGCAAGGUCCGCUACAUCGGCGCCAGCAGCAUGUGGGGGACCCAGUUUGCCCGCAUGCAGUUCUGCGCCGAGCGCAACGGGUGGACCAAGUUCAUCAGCAUGCAGAACCAGUACAACCUGCUCUACCGCGAGGAGGAGCGCGAGAUGAACCGCUUCUGCAAUGACACUGGCGUCGGCUUGAUCCCCUGGGCGCCGCUGUGCAGAGGACAUCUUGCUCGCCGGCCAGACCAAUACGGGAGCACCACCCGCAGCAAAGGGGAGAAGGAUAGCCAGCCCGGAGCGCAUGGAACGGUCGAGCCGGACUUGAGCAUCAUCAACCGCACGGUGGAGAUUGCGGAUAAGCACGAGUGGCCGAUCGCUCAUGUUGCCCUGGCCUGGAUCAAUAAGCGUGUCUCAAGCCCCAUCAUUGGCUUUAGCAAAGUAGAGAGAAUAGACGAAGCCAUCUCUGCGAGGGGGAAAGUGCUGACGGAAGAAGAGGAGAAAUACCUCGAGGAGCUUUACCAGCCGAAGGCUAUCAGUGGCCAUUCGUAAAGUCCAAGCAGAGCAGAGUUGAUAACCACCAUAUGGCAAUGCAGUCUAUAUCAAUAGUCCAUAGCAAUGCCAACCUCUUAACGACCAACAAAUGUCCAUCCCAACUCAGCACCCCCGUUUUCAACCUGCACCAGUUUUGGCUCAUCCCCAGGUACAAGAUCGAAUCCGUUGUCACUGAGUUUCAUGCCCUGUUUCUCGGAAAAGACAAACCCUUUCACCGGUUUCUCCGCAGAAACCUCGACCAACCCCUGACCGAGGUCCUUCACCGCAACACCCCUAUCGGGGAAGUCGAGAUACUUGAUGGGGUCGGGCCACGACGUAUCGCUACUCACCUGAGUUCCGCCCAGCAACAACGCUGCUUGGAUGACGAAGUGCUCGGGCUCGGCGACCGUUGCCUUGCCCCAGUCAAACUUAUACCCCAUCAACACCUCAGUACAACCAUUCGGCUGCACCUCAAUGUCCUCCUCGAUCCUCCCCCUCACCUCCU